UCUUCUCACUCAGACCAGCUUUUGACUUUGCAACCGACGGCCAAAUAAACGGCUGACUACAAUUCAAUACCUGAAAUUUCAAAACACCGGAUUUUGUCAUUUUAUUUUCAUUUAAUUAUUCUCAUUUAAUUAUUAUCAUACGGUUUAUCCUGUCCUCCGAGAAAUUCCUCUCCAUUUCGAUUGUUGGAUCGACAGUGAAGAGUUGAGGGAGCCGGGGAAUUCAAUUGGUGAUGUGAUUUGUGAUACUUCAUUGAGGUGAUAAAUUCGGUUGAGGGAUUUGACAGCAACUGGUGAUAACUCAGGGCAUUUGGAAAAUCAUAAAGGAACCACACUUGCUGAGAAAUUCCAGCGCAUGCGUCUAGAAGCCCAUUGAAAGGAGAGAAUCAAGAAAAAGAGAGUAGAGAGGAGUGGAAUUCACAGGAAUAGAGCCCCCCUUUCCACCCCCCUCAGAGGACGAACUAAAAAGCAAAGUUAAAACACCGAAAAAAUAAGUGGCGAGUGGCCGAACAGGUCUGUAGGUCUGUUUCUCCUGGUGGUUGCCACAACUACUGGCUGUUGAGCACACAAGUGUUUCCCACCACUAUACAACCCGACUAAAACCAAUCAUCCAUCGCCAGCCAUAAGAUUUACGUGUAGUUGUUGCGUACAAACAGCCGAUAAAAUGAAUGAGAAUGAUAAGUCAGUCAGAGACGGGAACUCCGCACAGGAGGAGGACGAAAUGUUUGAGCGGGAACUUGCUGAGGAUGCGCAGUGGAAAAGAAUACAGCAAAAUACAUUUACAAGAUGGGCAAAUAAACAUCUCAAAUGUGUUAAUAAAUAUAUCAAUGAUUUGGAGUGUGAUCUGUCUGAUGGGCUUUUUCUCGUUAGUCUGCUGGAGGUAUUGUCUCAGAAACGAUUGCCGAAGCACAACAAAAAGCCCAAUUUUAGAUCGCAAAAGUUGGAGAAUGUGGCUGUUGCACUUAAAUUCCUUGAUGACCAGGGAAUACGCAUUGUUAAUAUCGAUUCAUCGGACAUUGUUGAUUGCAAAUUGAAGCUCAUCCUGGGUCUAAUAUGGACUCUCAUCCUGCAUUACUCAAUUUCUAUGCCCAUGUGGGAGGGUGAUGAUGACGAUACGGAGAAAGGUGCAACACCGAAGCAGCGGCUAAUGAACUGGAUCAAAUCGAAAUUGCCGGAAGUGCCAAUUAAUAACUUUACGUCAGACUGGAAUGAUGGAAAGGCUGUGGGUGCGUUGGUGGAUGCUGUUGCCCCUGGGCUCUGCCCGGACUGGCAAAACUGGGAUCCCAAGGAUGCAGCCCAAAAUGCCGCCGAGGCCAUGGGCCUGGCUGAUGACUGGCUCAAUAUUCCUCAGCUCAUCAGUCCUGAAGAAAUGGUGAAUCCCAAUGUGGACGAGUUAUCCAUGAUGACGUACCUCUCUCAAUAUCCACACGCAAAAUUGAAGCCGGGUGCUCCAAUUAGACCUCGCACCAACCCCAACAGCGUGCCUCCGCCCCGGGUACGUGCUUAUGGUCCUGGAAUCGAGCCAAAGGGCCCCAUUGUUGAUGCCCCAGCGAAUUUCACCGUUGAAACGUUCUCAGCAGGAAAAGGUGAUGUCCAAGUGACGGUUGAUGAUCCAAAGGGUCAGAAAUUGCCAGUUGACAUACGUUUCAACAAUGAUAGAAAUCUCACCUACUCGGUCUCGUACACACCAAAAACCGAGGGACCUCACAAGGUUAAGGUUCUUUAUGGGGGACGCGAAAUUCCAAAGAGUCCUUAUCCUGUUCUGGUGGAGGGCCAACCUGGUGAUCCAGGGAAAGUCACUGCUAGUGGUCCCGGGUUAGAGCCUCAAGGGGUUGUUGUCAAUCGUCCAACUUAUUUCGAUAUCUAUACGAAAGAUGCUGGAAGAGGAGUUCCUGAAGUCAUUAUUCUUGACCCAAAGAGUUCUAAGACAACAGUUCCCGUGAAACUUCGUCAAACAUCACCAGACGUUUGGCGAUGUGAAUACUGUUCCCCGGUGACAGGUCUCCACUCAGUGAAUGUAUUCUUUGCUGGUAAACUGAUUCCGAAGAGUCCAAUGGGAGUCAAUGUAGCCCCGGUAUCGGACGCCAAGAAGUGUCGAGCUUACGGUCGAGGUCUUCUCUCCACUGGUGUUCGCGUUAAAGAUAUCGCCGACUUUGUGAUCACUACUAACGAUGCUGGAGAUGGAGUGGCUGAUGCUCGGUGCAUUGGUCCAGGUGGUGUGAACCUUCCUGUCACUCUGAACAAAGUCGAUGAUAACACCUACAAAUGUCACUACGUCCCCGUGAAAGACGGUCGACACGUUGUGAUGAUAACUUACGGUGGAAAAGAGAUUCCCAAGUCUCCAUUCGAGGUGAAUGUUGGUCCCUACAAAGAAUCCUCAAUCCGAGUGUUUGGUCCAGGACUGCAUGGUGGAAUCGUCAAUCACCCAGCGAAAUUUACUGUCGAUACCAAUGGAGAGACUGGUGCUUUGGGAUUCUCCAUCGAGGGUCCCUCCAAAGCGAAGAUCGAGUGCCAGGAUAAUGGAGAUGGAACAGCAGACGUCAGUUACCUGCCAACGGCCCCAGGGCCCUACGCCGUGCACAUCCUCUGCGACAACGAGGACAUACCCAAGUCCCCAUACAUCGCAAACAUCGUUCCAGCUAGUGAUUUCCAUCCAGACAAGGUCGAAGUCUCUGGCCCAGGAAUUCAACCCGAAGGUGUCCACCGGGAUAAACCCACUCAAUUUAUGAUAGAUCCACGAAAGGCUGGUCAGGCACCUCUGGAGGUUGCCAUUCAAGACGCCCUUGGCCGACCAGUACCUGUGAAGCUUGAUAAUAAGAAGGAUGGAACGGUCCAGGCAAACUACACUCCGACCUCGGGAGCUGGACAUGUGGUGAUGGUGAACUAUGGCAAUGUCGCCACCAAGAAAUCUCCCUACAGGGUCAAAGUGACUUCGCCUCUUAAUCCAGCCAUGGUCCAAGCCUUUGGCCCUGGUCUCGAUAAAGGAGUCAAAUCCAAUACUCCGACUCACUUUAACGUGGACUGCAGAGAGGCUGGAAAUGGAGACCUCGAUGUCACCAUGACUGGACCAGAUGGACAGGAUCUGCCAGUGACAUUGAGUGAUAAUGAGGAUGGCACUUACACUGUUGACUAUAUUGCACCUCAACCAGGUACUUACAAGGUGGAUCUCAAUUACGGAGGCCUCAAAGUACCAAAAUGCCCAAUUAAGGUCAACGUUCAGCCCCGUGUAGACGUCUCCAAGAUCAAGGUCGACGGAUUAGAGCCCACGGCACCGGUCAACAGCCUUCAACAGUUUCGAGUGAUAACGGAAGGGACUGGUAACAGAACAGCUGAGAUACAAGUGGCAAUAACAGCACCAUCGGGCAAUCGUGUUAUGGCACACUUAAUACCAACUCAUGAUGGUUAUCUCGUUAAUUUUACACCUAUGGAAUUGGGUGAAUAUUUAUUGGGAAUUAGUUUUGGUGGUGAGCCAAUAGCUGCACAGCCGUACCGAUUAAAUUGUGUUCAUGGAAGUGAUCCAUCGAAAGUACGUGCCACUGGACCUGGCCUUCAUCGAGGCCUUGUCAAUAGACCUGCUGAAUUUAUCAUUGACACACGUGGUGCUGGCCAGGGUGGAUUGGGUGUCACUGUUGAAGGACCAUGCGAGGCACCCAUCAAUUGUCGUGACAAUGGUGAUGGCACAUGCUCUGUUGCUUAUCUACCCACUGAACCUGGCGAUUAUGGAAUCAAUAUCACUUUCAAUGAUCGACACAUCCCUGGAUCACCCUUUCAAGCUAUCAUCAUACCAGAUGCGGAUCUUUUAAAGAUCAAGGUCACCGGAAAUGGCAUUCAGCCCUAUGGCGUAGCUGUGAACAUUCCGACGGAAUUUGCUGUUGACACACGGGCAGUAUCAAAAACGAAAGCUGAUGACGGAAAGCUUUCCUGUUCAAUCACGAAUCCAAGUGGUGGUAAAACUGAAAAGACAAUAACACCGCAGAGCGAUGGAACUUACAGAGUCAGUUAUACACCUUUUGAGGAGGGUCCUCAUACAAUCGACAUCCUUUACGAUAAUGUUCCAGUACCAGGCUCCCCGUUUUCGGUCAAUGUCAAGAGAAUUUGUGAUCCAACCAAGUGUAAGGCUUAUGGGCCAGGUUUGAAGAAGGGAAUCGUUGACAAGGUUAAUAAGUUCACUGUUGAAACGAGUGAGGCUGGAAAUGGUGGAUUGGGUCUUGCUAUCGAGGGCCCAUCAGAAGCGAGAAUGACCUGCAAGGACAACUACGAUGGUUCCUGCAGUGUGGAAUACGUUCCAACAGAAGCUGGUGAUUACGAUGUGGCCAUAAAGUUUGGUGAAGAGCACAUUCCAGGUUCUCCAUUCAGAGUCCCGGUGGAGACUGCAGUUGACGGAAGAAACGAUGUGAUAGCUUACGGUCCAGGUUUGGAACCCGAGAAGGUUCGUGAGGGAGUCCCAGCCCAAUUCAUGGUGGACACCUCAAAAUGUCCUGGUGAACAGCUCAAUGUAAAGCUUAAGACAGACAAGGGACAGAUGCAAAAACCAAAAAUUGAGAGUCGUGGAAAUGGUCUGUACGAGGUUACGUACAUGCCUCCAGCUGCUGGAGCCAAUAUUCAGGUUGAUGUUUUGUACGGGAACAAGAGCAUCCCUGAGAGUCCCUACAACUUCCAUGUGAAUCCAGGCUGUGAUCCUAAUAAAGUCGUCCUCUCCGGCCCCGGUGUCGCAUCAGUCUGCACAGCAUCUUUUCCAACAGAUUUUAUCGUCGAUACAUCGAAGGCGGGAUAUGGUGACCUCGAAGUUCAAGUGCUGGGACCUGAUCAAGCUCCACGAAAAGUCACCGUGCAAAACAUCGGAGAUGGCAAAUACAAGGCCACGUAUCUCCCCGAUGACUGCGGGCGUUACAAAGUUAAUGUCAAAUAUGGAGGGAAAGAAGUCCCAAAUAGUCCGGUAAAUGUUCAGAGUGUGUCCACUGGUAAAGCCGAUCAAUGCAAAAUCAAGGAAGGCAUUCAGCAGACUCUGGCCCCAGGCGAAGAGUACUCCAUCAACGUUGAUACCCAAAAUGCUGGGCGUGGAGCUGUUACAUGCAGAAUUCGCUCGACUUCCGGCAGUGAAGUCGUGGACAUCGAUAUCGAAGACAAGGGGGAUGGUAAUGUCGAUGUAUACUACAAAGUCGAGGAUGCGGGUGAUUACACCCUGAGCAUAAAGUUUGGUGGUCAACCGGUGCCAAAUGGCUUCUACACCUUCACGGCAUCGGAGGAAUAUCGUGAGACAAGCACCCACAAAACCCAGAGACACGGCAGAAGGAGUCAACAUCAGGAGAGUGUCAUCGAGCAACGCAGUAGUUCAACUGUCCAGGAGACAAUAACGACAAAGCGGAGUACAAAAAGCCAGCACGAUAGUACUAGCAAAUUCAAUUCAAUCAGACUGAACAAUAUUCCACUGCCAUCAGCUGACGGUACAGUAACCUCCGAAGUUAAGAUGCCGAGCGGAAAUGUGGAUAAGCCAGUGAUCGAAGACAACCAUGAUGGCACUGUCUCACUCAAAUACGACCCGAGGGAGGAAGGACUCCAUGAAGUUUACGUGAAAUUUAAUGGAGAACAUGUUCAAGGUUCACCCUUUCACUUUCACGUGGACUCUCUGGCGAGUGGAUAUGUGACAGCGUAUGGUCCAGGUUUGAUCUAUGGAGUCUGCGGUGAGCCAGCAAAUUUCACAAUCUCCACGAAGGGUGCAGGAGCAGGUGGUCUGUCGCUAGCAGUGGAGGGUCCCAGUAAGGCAGAAAUUUCCUGUCACGACAACAAAGAUGGCACAGUAUCAGUCUCCUACCUGCCAACAGCCCCUGGAGAAUACAAAAUCUCGGUGAAAUUCGCUGACAAGCCGAUUAAAGGUAGCCCCUAUGCCGCCAAAAUAACAGGAGAGGGUCGCAAAAGGAACCAGAUAUCCGUGGGCUCCUCCAGUGAGGUCCAGCUCCCUGGAAAGGUCUCAGACGCUGACAUUCGUUCAUUGAAUGCCUCUAUUACAGCCCCAAGUGGCUUGGAAGAGCCCUGCUUCCUCAAGAAGAUGCCUAGUGGCAACAUGUGCGUAUCCUUCACUCCUAGAGAGGCUGGAGAGCACGUUGUCGCAGUGAAACGAAUGGGUAAGCACAUUCAGAACUCUCCCUUCAAGAUUGAUGUCAAGGAUCGUGAGGUGGGGGAUGCUAAGAAGGUCAAGGUGGCAGGAGGUGCUCUGAAACAAGGUAAAACUCACGUGGAAAACACAUUCUCCAUUGAUACCAGGAACGCUGGAUUUGGAGGACUCUCUUUGUCCAUGGAGGGCCCUAGCAAGGCGGAAAUUCAGUGCAAGGAUAAUGCCGAUGGCACCCUCAAUAUCUCUUACAAACCCACCGAGCCAGGAUAUUACAUAAUGAAUCUUAAGUUCGCUGAUCAUCAUGUUGAGGGUUCGCCCUUCACUGUGAAAGUCACUGGAGAGGGCUCCAACAGGCAGAGGGAGAAGAUUCAACGUCGUCGUGAAGCUGUUCCCAUCACCGAAGUUGGAUCCCAGUGUAAACUCACCUUCAAAAUGCCGGGAAUCACCUCAUUCGAUCUUACCUCGAACGUAACUUCACCCGGGGGAGUCACUGAGGAUGCUGAGAUCAAGGAAGUUGAGGAUGGGCUUUACGCUGUGGCAUUUGUGCCCAAGGAGCUUGGAGUUCACACUGUUUCGGUUAAGUACAAGGAGAUGCACAUCCCUGGAUCACCUUUCCAGUUUACGGUGGGUCCCUUGAAAGACGGUGGAGCGCACAGGGUGCAUGCUGGUGGUCCAGGAUUGGAGAGGGGGGAGCAGGGUGAACCUUGUGAAUUUAAUAUCUGGACCAGAGAGGCUGGUGCUGGUACAUUGGCUGUCUCUGUUGAGGGGCCAAGCAAGGCCCAGAUUGAUUUCAAGGACCGUAAAGAUGGAUCUUGCUACGUCAGCUACCGCGUCACUGAACCUGGUGAUUACAGAGUGGGAAUUAAAUUCAACGAUCAGCACAUACCCGACUCACCUCACAAAGUUUAUAUAUCACCGGCUGUUGGAGAUGCUCAUAAACUUGAAGUAGCUCAAUUCCCUGAGCAAGGAGUACAGCCUGACAAGCCACACACUUUCCUCGUACGUAACAACGGGGCCAAGGGACAGCUCGAUGGAAAGAUUGUAUCACCAAGUGGUGUCGAAGACGACUGCUUCAUCCAAGCGAUUGACUCUGAGGAAUACUCAGUGAGAUUCAUGGCACGUGAGAAUGGAAUUCACAACAUCCAUCUGAAGUUUAAUGGUGUCCAUAUCAAUGGAAGUCCUUUACGCGUUAAAGUGGGAAAAGUCGAUGCUGAUCCAGCGGCGAUUCAGGCGUACGGUAAUGGCCUGAAGGAAGUGAAAACCGGUCAGAAAUUCGAUUUCAUCGUUGACACUUGCAAUGCUGGUGCUGGUGCACUUGCCGUCACUGUUGAUGGACCCAGCAAAGUAGCCAUGGACUGCACCGAGGUUGAGGAGGGCUACAAGGUCAGGUACACACCCUUGGUACCUGGAGAUUACUACAUCAGUCUCAAAUAUAACGGCUAUCACAUUGCUGGAUCACCUUUCAAGGUUCCAUGCACUGGGACUGAUUUAGCUGAGAGAGGAGCCUCCGAGACAAGUUCAGUGGUCGUGGAGACGGUGCAGAAAUUUUCGAAAGCCAAGAAAGACGUUGUGCAAAUGCCCAAGUUCAAAUCAGAUGCCAGCAAGGUCAGCAGUAAGGGUAUGGGCCUGAAGAAGGCGUAUCUCGGCAAACAGAAUCAAUUCUCAGUGAAUGCUGGAGACGCUGGACAAAACAUGCUGUUCGUCGGAGUGUACGGACCCAAAGGGCCCUGUGACGAGGUCUACGUCAAACACGCUGGACGUAACACCUACAAUGUGAGCUACCUUGUUCGUGAACGCGGAGAGUAUCUCGUCAUCGUCAAGUGGGGAGAGGACCACAUCCCUGGAUCACCAUUCAAAGUAGACGUUUAAAAUGCUUUUAUAUGAAAAUUUAAUCAUGAAACAAAAAUACGAGUGACAUUUAGUUUUUAAGCCCCAUCCAAUCGGCAAACAUCAAUUUUCAACAAUUUCAAUAUUUAACAAUGACUUUUCUCGUUCUAAAUCAUCUGGCACUCUUGUCUUCAAAUUUUUCCCGUUAUUUCUCAGCAUAUUUUAUCCCUUUGCUCUUUUGAGUUUGUCUCUUCUUCGAAUUAUUUUCUCCAGUCGAAAAGAACAACUCAGUUUGAAUUUUUAUCAUUAUGAUUACAUUCAUCAUCCGAUACCGAUGAUAAAUUAUGAGUAAAGAUAAUGCCAAUUGUACAGAAUAAGAGGGUCAAUUAAUCGUUUACACUGAAUGACACAAUACCAUUGCUAAAUGUGCCUUGAAAUUUUACUUAUGUGAAUAAAGCGGAUUAAAAAAUGUUAUAAAUACGUGUCAUGUUAUAUUAUAUACAUGUUAUACCGAGAUAGACAAUAAAGAAUGGAAAAAUAAUAUAUUUAUUAAACGUG